UACUUCAUGUCUUAAAGCUACAUUCUCUCUACUGACCACCAGGGGGCGACUCCUCUUGUUGUAUAAACUUUUAUAUAAAAUGACUACUUUUCUCUUGAUUUACUCCCUUCGUAAAACAUUGUAAACAUGAGUUCAUGGUCUCAAUCUCUAGUUGCAUACAUGAACAUACAGCAUGAUGUUCAUUUGGUAAAUGGUCCAUUUAGUGUCAAACAGACCAUAAAUCAAGGUAUGCUUCAGUGCUGGGCUACUAUACAUGCCUCUAUGUCACUCCACCUCAGUACAAAUAUCAUCACUUCUGCUGAGUGGUUGCUAAACAAACAAGAUAUCACUCUCUGCUAAUCACUAAUACAAUGUAACUUUUCUUCCUAAUUAUGUCAAAUCAUCAUUUGUCUUUAAUCCAGAAUGUCCACUGUAGUUGAGAUGAGGUUUUUUUCUGGGACCCAUUUAUAUAAUCUGAUAAUUUACUUGGCGACCCUGACAGAAUCCCCACUAUGGGGACUGUGGUCCAGACCCAGUCCUUGGGAACGACUGCCAUUCAAUUCUAUCACCUAAAAAGAUUUUUUAAAAACAUAUUUAAGUAAGAGCCAGGUGUACAAGAAACGACGAGAGAGCUUGUCCCCGGAGCCCGGCAUCUCACGGCACCGUGUCCCCCCUGGCUCCAGGGCCUGUUAGUCCGGGUCCCAGCUGAACACCAAGAGGCCGAGUUCCCUCCAACCAUGACGACCAGCACUGCCAACACACAGCGGCUCGUCAUGCACGUGGUAGUCUGGCAUUGUCGGAGGCCACAGGCGUCCUCCGAAGAGGAGGGACAACAGCAUUGUUACUGUUGCCAUGGGAGCAGUGGUGUGACUGACAUGUGGUCAGGACAGACAACCAAUCAGGCUGUGCUCCUACCGCCUUGCGUUUGGCCUUUUAGCCUCAACACUUCAGCUGAGGAGGCCAUGCAGUUUAGUUUGAUGAUCCAUAGUGGAGCCCAAGGCACACGCCUUCAAGCCCUCUGCUGCUUAAACGCUAACCUUUGAACUGAAGCAGGUCUUUACAGUUAGAAUAUUUCAUUUUCUCACAAGUUCCAAUGAAAAUGUAAAUGUUGAAUAAUCCCGUAAGACUCAUACAUUGCAUGAUGGGAAUACAAAUACAACAUGGGUACAUUGUACACUAUGUUAUCAUUUCUAUCCUUCUUUCAGGAGAUGGCCCAGUGGCAGCUAUGAGUCAGAGCAGCCCCUGCCUGUGGACUCGGCUCCCCCAGAGCAGCCGGUCCCCGUGUGACCGCUACAAGCACGCCUGCUGCAGCCAUGAUGGGAACGUCUAUAUCCUGGGAGGAAGGAACAGCAGCGGCCUGGGGGACUUCUGGAGGUACAGUGUGGUUCGUAACGAUUGGACCGAGUUGAACUGCACCAGUGAAGCUGCCCCAGAGGAGCUGGAGGAACAUUCUAUGGUGGCUCAUGAGGGCUUCCUGUACGUGUUCGGAGGCAUCCUGGACUCGGCAUACACCGCGUGGAGAUGUCCGCUCUGGGUGUUUGACUUAGCGAAACAGACGUGGGUGAACUGCCAGAGGCCGACACGCCCAGCUCAGAUGCCGACCAACAGGAAGGCCCACAGCGCUGUGGUGGUGGGCUCGGCCAUGCUGGUGUACGGAGGCUUCGUAGACAUGAAAGGGUCCUCGCACGACUUCUGGAGUUUGGACUUGGACACCAUGGCCUGGUCCCUGCUGAGUGGCCCCCAGCAGGCCUCAUUAGGCCCCGGCCCCAGACACAGUCACUCCGCCGUGGCCAGCCAGAGCUGCAUGUUCCUGUUCGGGGGCUUGAAGGGUCUCCGAGAGCAGAGGGACUUCUGGAGGUGGAGCUCCACCAGCGACACGUGGACUUCCCUCAGAAACAAGUCCGGGCCCUCCAGGCUGAUGGGCCACUCGGCCGUGGCCUACAAGGACAGUAUGCUGAUCUUUGGGGGAGGCGAGAGCCAGAACUAUCCAAAGAACUGCCUGUGGAGGUACAACUUCACCACGCAGAGCUGGGGGCAGGUGGCCACGGUCCCGGGCUCCAACCCCCCAGACAAGAUCCACCACUGCUGUGCCGGGCUCGGUCCCAGCUACAAGUACAGCAGCAGCAGCAGCAGCUCCAGCUCAGGAAUCCAACCGGGCCUUCUGGGAGGGAAACUGAGGCACUUCAAGAACAAGUGCUUCCCCGCCCCGCUCACGUUCCUGGGCUCAGAGGGCGCCAUCGAGCUGGAGACCUUCAGCCCGGAUAGAUGCUACGGAGGCACAACACUGGCCCCGCCCUCCAGUCCGGACCACAGCACAGAGGGCUCGAUGGGGACGGACGCUCAGCUGACUGGAAACUGUCUGACCUUUGAGAACAAGUCGUUCAGGACCCAGUGGAGUCCUACGGAGGAGCUGCUGGACGAGGAGGACCACGAUGUGGCCCAGCAUCUGCCCGAUCUGCUGCUGGUGCUGGGGGGGAGACCAUGGACCAGACACAGUCCCAUCUCCAUCUGGCAAAUGACUCUGACGGACUCCUAACAGAACCUCUUGUUUUUGAGAGACAUGUGCAUCAAGAAAGCUUUAGUGUUAGAUUAUCACUUUGAGGAGUGUACUGACAUUCUGUGUAGGAAGUAACGACAAUUUUUAUAAUACUGUCACUUUGUUUUUUGAUGUUGAUUUAUUUUUAAUGAAUACAUACUUUUCCUUUUUGCAAUACAGACCAUGCUGUGAUUUGAUUUCAAGCUUUCACCUUUUCAUGGAAGAUGGUGACAUUGAUGCCAAACUGAUUCUUACUGAAGACUAAAGUGUGAGACUGUCAUUGUUUUGUAGCCCGGUGAGGGAACACCAUGGGGGCGGAGCCUGUGGUCCGCUGAGGAAAGUCGCAACAUUCCUUUCAGGAACACAUCUAAACAUUUUCUUUAUUUCUAUUUCUGCAACUGUUUUGAUCAGAUCCAGAAAAGACACCUGCAGUUACCACUUAUCGCCAGACGUGUCGGCAAAGAGACUGAAACGGAUCUUUCACCUCAUACGAAAUAGAAGCCUGGUGACCAUGGAGUGUG